UGAAAACGAAACAGCACGACGAGUCCCCAGUAAAAGUUCCCCUUGCUCGCAGUUCUCGGCGCGGGUUCCUUACUUAAAAAGCUUUCGACCAAGAGCAAAGGAAAGGAUCUGGGAUCUCUGAAGACCAAGGUUUCCUUAAUCUAUCAUAAUUCAAUCGGUGGCGUACGGGGAUCACGCGUUCUUGAUCACCGACGAGGACCUGAUGGUGGAUUCUCCUCACGUGCUUCUGAACAAGCCUUCGAUCAAAGAGAUCGGCCUCGCUGUCGCUCUCCUCGUCUUCGGAACUCUCGCGAUCGUCAUUGGGAGCAUCAUGGCGUAUAAUCGCGUCGGCGGCGACAGCGCUCACGGUAUUUUCUUUGCGGUGUUGGGAUCACUAAUGUUCUUGCCAGGAUUCUACUACACGAGGAUCGCAUACUAUGCAUACAAAGGCUACAAGGGUUUCUCAUUCUCCAACAUACCACCCAUCUAAAGACCAGGCAACAUCUUUUCUUGUUUGUACAUCUCUCUCUUUGUUUUGUUGUGUAAUCUGAAGUAUGUACUUUGUAAAUUAGCUAAUAAGUACAGGAAUGAGACAUUCUGCUUAAGUUUUA